AUGGACAAUAUUUAAUAAAGAGAAACUUUAGGCUUAUUCUUGAGAUUCACCAGUGUCUGCCAAAUUCGAUGUGGAGUCCUAAGCUCCAAAGAUGAUGUGCUCACUAAGGACAACCAUCAAUGUUUGGGUAUGUAAUUGGUUAUAAUGCGAAAUAGAGAAAUGCACAAAUCACAUGAUAGAUUCCUUUAGAAGAAUACAAGAUGCAUACAAAUGA